AUGACACCCACUCCGCCCUCGACAAAUUCCUCCACUGGCGCUCGCUCGCCAGAAGAUAGCUUCAAAGUCGUCCGAAAACGAAACAGAGUCCCGCUCAGUUGCUAUCCGUGCAGAACACGCAAGAAAUGCGACCGAAAACACCCUUGCAGCAACUGCACCAAACGUGAAGGCAACGACACCUCAUCAUGUACUUACGCCGCGCCCGCCUCCCAGAAAAAGAGCCCCAGUCAAGCGGACCUUAGCCCCGACGACAUGCAGAAUCGCAUUGACCGUUUAGAGAACUUGGUGCUUUCUCUCAUGCAUACUGGUGGCAGUGACCCGUCUUCAGCCGUGGCAGCAGCCCGCGGCCAGUCAGUAUCCCAGACAACUAUCGACAGCACACCCUCUGCCAAGAUGGAGCAAGACGAUGGAACCAACGUUGGUGACGAAGGGAGCGACGAUGAAGAUGGCUUAACCGCCUCUCUCGGUAUGCUUAAGGUGGACGCCGACAAGGGCAAAUCAAUGUACAUUGGCCAUGAACACUGGCACUCAAUUCUUGCCGAUAUAUCCGACGUCAAAAACUACUUUACCUUGCAUCGCAAGGAGCUAGAAAACAGCUACGAACGUGUCAAAAACUCCAAGCCAGCCGCCGCGCGCGAAGGCCCUACACUUUUGCUCGGCGCUCAGCCGGCUUCAGAAAUUGAGCUGCGCACUUCGUUACCACAAAGGACUCAUGUUCUGGCCUUGUGUAGUCGAUACUUUAACUCUAUGGAUAACGCCGUCAGUGUCAUCCAUGGUCCGACCUUCUUGCAGCAAUUGCGAACUCACUGGCAAGACCCCAACAAGACGCCAAUCAUGUGGUUGGGCCUAUUAUACUCCGUUCUAUCCUUGGCAAUGCUGAGUUAUAAUAAAGUCGGCGACGAGCCUCCAGAGUGGAGGAACAAGAGCCUGGCCCUUGCUGACGAGUAUCGCCUACGGACUGUUCAGUGCCUUAUCAAAGGGGAUUACACAAAGCCCGUUGAUUACACGGUAGAGACGCUGUUAUUAUAUGUUCUGGGAGAAUACUCGACCCGCUGGGAUGCUGAUUUGGGCCUGUGGCUUAUCGUCUCCAUGAUCACCCGUAUUGCCAUUCGUCAGGGAUAUCAUCGCGAUGCGAAAUGGUUUCCAUCUCUAAGUCCGUUUCAAGCAGAAAUGCGCCGGCGAACAUGGGCUCUCAUUCGCAUGUCAGACAUUGUCUUUUCUCAUCAGGUCUCACUGCCAAGCAUGAUCAAUGAGCGAGAUUGUGAUGCGCAAUUACCAAACAAUUUGUUCGACGACGACUUUCACCAGACCAUCAAAGAACUCCCGCCGUCUCGCCCGCUGUCCGAACCGACACCGAUCUCUUACAUGAUUGCCAAAGCAAAACUCUGCUUUGAGCUGGGCAACAUUCUGCAGGCCACAAAUCGCCUCGGCAAGGGGAUGCCCUACGAUGAGACUCUGCGAUUCGAUGCAAAGUUGAGACAGGUCAUGCAAGAACUGCCGCCUCACCUGAAGCUUACCCCUUUGGAAGGCUCCAAUGAUCCAGUGACUCUUAUCGUCGCUCGAUUCAAUGUCAAUGUUCUGUACCAAAAGAUCAUGUGCCUGCUUCAUCGCCACUACAUGGUCAGGGCAAGACAGAAUCCGCGAUACGCUCACUCACGCCGUGCCGCUAUCGAGGCAUCAAUGGAAGCCAUGGACCACCUUUCCACUCUGCACCGCGAGUCUCAGCCUGCUGGUAAGCUUCGCGCCGUCAGCUGGUACGUCAAGUCAAUUGCGACCAAGGAGUUUAUCCUCCCCGCCAUGCUCAUCGUAAUGGACCUGCACUACGACAACAUGGCCAUGCAAAACAACGCCAGCCAGGACACGGAAGGUUCGUUUGUCUGGGACAAUGAAAAGCGCGUCAAGAUGGUCAGCUCUCUGCAGCAGGCAGGCAGCAUCUGGUCGAGUCUGGCCGAUACGUCCAUGGAUGCGUUCAAAGCGUCUAAGAUUCUCGAAAUCAUGAUGGAUAAGAUUAAGACGCCCGUCAGCAGCAGCGAAAACACACCCGAGUCGCGCACCGAUUCUAUCUCCAUGGGCGUGCCUCCCUUCACAUUUGACAUGGAUUCCCUUCCAUCAAACCCGCAGUCAAUCCUUUCUUCAGCGGGCCUGGUCGACCUGAGCCCCGAGAGCAACAAUGCCUUUUCGACGACGUUCGACGCCGGCCCAUUCGUCGGCAUGGACUUUGGCCUGCCGCCUGUCAGCAUGGACAUACCCAUGGAUGGUCUGAACCCAUUCAGUACCACCGGCGGGCCUAUGUCGCCGCUGAGCAUGUUCACGACGGUAGGCAACGGUCUUGGCGCGGAUGGUGGCGCCGCCGAUUUUGCCGCCAACAUUGACUGGAAUACGUUUGACAAUUACGCGCAGAUGGCAAACUGGGGCGUCGAUCAGAGCUUCCAGGUUUACGCCGAGCAGCCUGAUCAGAUAGGCGGCGUGAAUCCCGCCAAGAUGUAG